UGCAGUGUAUCAAAUACUUGUUCUCCCCACUGUAUAAGGCAGCCUAGGGGCAGAUGGUUAUAGGAUGGCCCUCAAGGCAGCAGUACGAGCUGGCCAUCCAAAGCAGAUAUGCAGUAACCUUCCACCAUGAGCCAUUAGUGUAAGGCACUUGCUUAAGGAAAAAACAACAAUAUUUGUCUUAAAUUCUUGGCUCCUGAAUUUGAUUUGGCUACCUUUUGGUUCCUGGUCAGUUACUUUACCUGCUAGGCCUUCUGCUACCCUUCUGACACUGCUGGUUGUUUCAAACCUUCAAAGCUAGAAUAUAGAAUUGUCGGAUUUUGAAGAUUUGAUUGUGCAUUUAUUCACACUUGAACAAGCUUGUGUACAAAGGAUAACACUUCGCAGUGCUCACACAUGGCUGUGUUCAUUAGACAUAAAAUGGUUGAGGUAGUACCUGAAACAAGUAGGACCGCUUGUUUCCGCUUUAAAAUGUUUUGCGACACUGCGCCCUCAUGAACACAAUGCAGGUACUAAUGAGAUGCCAAGGGAUAAAGCAAGAAGAAACAGUUUUAGCCUCACCCGUACCUCCUCGGAAACAACCAAUCAGGGUGAACCACCGUGAUACAUCUCCACCUCUCCACCUCCCACACCCAUAUCCACUUCAUAAUUCCCAUCAACCAUCCGUCCUACAAUCUACUGUCCUGGAAAAAAGAAACCAUUCCACUGCUUUUCUUAUUGAGCCAGGAAGACAGUCCAUCUGUGGUGACACAGCCCAAGUUAUCGCUUAAAAUUGUUGUUGCAUCGAGGGCACACAAGGUAAGUGCUAUCCACUAUACUGAGCCGUAUACCAUCAGUUGUGCUGUUGGUGCAUACCCAUUCUGCAGCCAAGUUAUGUUGUGGUGGUAUUCAUUUAGUUUCAUUUGGUAGCACACAGUGGUUUUGUAAAUGUGAAUUUAAUACAUUGAUUAGGACCCUCAAACUCAACUCUGGACCUCAAAGCCAGUUCUGUGCAUUUUUUCACUGCAAACCUCUAAUAAGGGGCCUAUUUACAUCUGGGACAACUGCUCGGUGACAUUUAUGAGGUAGAACAGAAAACCAGCACGCUUCGGACCUUGUAGGGUAAGUGUUGUAAGUACCCCUGGUCUAGGAACAUAUUUUGUUCUGUUGUUCCAUCAGGUAAAUGUUGGAGAUCUGUUUUGCUACAUUUAGCUUCUCGAAGUGUGUAGGGAUGUAAGACUGAAGAGAGUUGGUCAUGCAUCUGUCUAUCACCCAGGGAACAAGUCCAGUGGCGAUGGCAGCAGCGGCCCGUAGGCGUCAUGGCAACAUGCCCCAAAGACGGGCAACUUUAUUGCCACGGGGAUACCAGCGCUCCAUGGCCAAACAGGUGACAGCGACAGCCCCAGAGAGACAGACCCCUGGGACACCCAGGACUACCGGCCCAAACCUGCCUGGAAGGCGUAAGCUCAGUGGGAUAGAAAUGGGGCCAGGUUGGACGUUUCUCUGCAAAGCCACGACGUCACCCUCACACCCUCAGCAGCCACAAAACCACCCUGCCCCGCCCAGCGCUACUUCCACACUCUACCAGAUGGAGCCGGACAGACGAAGAAGGGUCCAUAGUGAGAAGAACAAAGAAGCUGAUGGAAAAGAUGGAACCACAGCAGCUACACUUAAAAAAAUCCGAAUCCACCCAGAGGCACAGAGGAUUCUGGGUAGUUCCUGUAUAGCCACAGUGCGUCUGGAGCGUCUGAGGAUCAGAAUGGACCCAGGACAGUCCGUUUCUUUGUCAGUGAUUCAGCCCCGGGUGUCUUUGGUGAUGUCAGAGCUGCUGACCGAGGAUGCUGCAGCCUCUCCGCCGGAGGUCGUGACCCUGGAGAAUCAAGUCCAACAGACAAGGUGCAGGCAGGAUAUGGAACAGAGUCCAGAGGGCAUAGAAGAAUCAUCCGGGCCAGGCCCAGGGGUAGUGGAGGCGGGGCCAACACAAACACAGGACUGGACUGAACCGCUACAGCUACAGGAGAGACCUGCAUCAACAUCAGAACCAGCACAAGAGUCCCCAGAACUGGAGUCAGAAUCUGAUUCCUGUGUUGAACCUAAAUCCGAUUCAGAGUCCGAGCCUGAAUGGGAUCGAGGUCUGAAAUCCGGAUCUGAUUCAAAUUCACCAGAAAAACAGUCAGACCCGGAGCAAGAACCAAAUCCAGAACUGAAGCUCUCAGUGGACUCGGAACCAAAGUCUGAAUCAGAGGAAAAUGUGAAACGUGAUUGUGAACCAGAUGAUGAGGGAGGUGAAGCUUCCAGUGUGGGUCACUGCGUAUCCGUUAAUGAGUCUGGAGUGUCAGAGGAGCAGCCUGGAAGGGAGCCAGGGCCUGCAGGGAUAGACAGUGAGGAUUUCUGCGCUGUGUGUUUGAACGGGGGCGACCUGCUGUGCUGUGAUGGCUGCCCCAAGGUCUACCACCUAUCCUGUCACAUACCGCCCCUGUUCAGCUUCCCACUGGGUGACUGGGUUUGCACGUUGUGUCGGAGUGACCAAGACCCCGGAGUGGAGUACGACUGUGAGAGCGUGCAGUCCGCCACAGAACCGCGUGGGGCCGUCACACCAUACACACUGUCCAGCCUGAACCAGAGAAGGUGCGAGAAGCUGACUCUUCUGCUGUCCACUCACAUUCUCAGCACCCCCUUCCAGGAGCCUGUCAGCCAACUGGCUCGUCAUUACUACCAGAUUAUUAAGAGGCCCAUGGACCUGUCAGUCAUCAGGAGGAAGCUGGACCACAGGAACACACUCCACUACUUCACAGCUGAGCAGUUUGUGGACGAUGUCCUGCUCAUGUUCAGGAACUGUGCAACGUUCAAUUAUCCUGACUCAGAGGUUGCCAACGCAGGUCGUCACCUGGAGGUCUUUUUCCUGACCAAGCUGAGGGAAGUGUUUCCAGAUCAAGACUUCCCUAUGCAGACCAAGGACAGGGCGGAUAGGACCAGUGUCACCUGGCAGAACAGGAAAAGGAGGGACUACCACAGGAAGAAGAAGAAGAGUCACUUUCUUGUUGGGAGAAGUAAUUACUUCUGAAAUGGUGUCAUUUUGUGGUAGUAUAUUUGUACAUUUGAAUAUUCUUUGUCUGGACGUCUGAAUAAAUAAUCUG